AUGUUCUUUUCUCUCAUUUCUGAAACAUUUACUCCUUUCAUGCCUCCAAAGAUCAUUGAUCAUUUGUCGAGUAGCGACAUCAACGUCAAAGAAGGAGAAACGGUCAGUCUGGUAUGCAAUGUGACGGGGAUACCGCAGCCGACAGUCACUUGGUAUCGACAAAGAAGACAUGACAGUGGUGUUAGAGAACAGGUCGGACCUCCAGGAGAAGUUUUAAUCAUUCACAACGUGACACGCUACUGUGACGAUAUUUACACAUGUGUAGCCAACAACGGUGUACCUCCGAAUUCCUACCGUAAGGUUGCAGUCACUGUAUUGUUUCCCCCCGAUGUGCGCUUACCCAUCAAACGGAUGGGGCAAGUAAGGGGAAAGGAGACAAUUUUGGACUGUAUGAUUACUGCCGUGCCACUGGGGAUUAUGGUUUGGAAGAAAGAUGGGCGAGAACUGAAGAAAUCCUGGAAAUAUCGAAUCGAACCUUACGAUGAAUCUGGCAACACCUACACUUUGAGCAUUCGAAUUAUCGAUUUAGACGAGAACGACUUUGGAGAAUAUACUUGCGUAGCGGCUAAUGUCCUAGGAAAGGACGAAGAGACGAUGAUUCUCUAUGGUAAGCACAUGGUUGCGGAAGACUCACAUAUUGGUUGA